CCCGGAAUCCCAACAUUGGAGGUGGAAUCAUUUUCCAACGGACUCGAUUACCAAAGUGAUUCCGUAGCAGCAUCGUGUCGUGGGUGAUUGCCAAUGACAAUAGUCGGAGUUGGCGCAUUCGAGACUUGGAGAAGCUUCAAAAAGAGCCAACAUUCGAGUUCCUUUCAUACUAUGGAUUCAUGUCGCAAAAUCGACUUAAAUACGACAGGGCAAUCAGGGAAUCCUUAUCAGCAACCGUUCCAUGCCUCUGACGCCUGGGACCGCAACGGAAAGGCUGCCGUCUUCCAGCCUACUCGGGGCUUGAACUACGGUGCCGGCCCCAUACACUCGAUUCGAGGACCGUCGCUUGUUGUGCGUGAGAGGUGGGCACAAACGGCUCCUUUGUCCUGUACAUCGAGGAUGGAUUGGGAAAUAAGCCCGCUUAGGACUCCCUCAACGUCUGCCAGUGCGACUUUAGAUUUUGUAGCAUCUGCGUUCGUUACCAAUUCAAGAAGUCGCAACCCACCAACCGUCUCGCGGCGCCGGUUCGGACGGUACUGUACCGUACCACAAGCUGGUCGAGAUCCCGCACUUCGGAAGAGGCGGUUGUACGAAGUCGCGGCUGCCUCGCUCCUCCUGGUUCGACUCGGACUUUUGCGGAAAGAGGAAGUUCUCUUCACUAUUAUUUCUCUUGACGAUCGAGAUGGCCGAAGAGCAAGACACCCGGACCCAAGACGCGGCAGCGUUGUCCGAGACUGCCCCGUUGCUCCGGCCCAAUGCCUUCGGAGCCAGCAACGCCGCACAGGUAAAGUCGAACCGCACCUUCAUGCAUUCGGGAGAUUUGGGUCGAAAGGACGACAUAGAUGCAAAUGAAGACGUUGAGAAUGGUUCUACCAUCGAAAGCGUUGGCAAAGGGGUUUCCUGCAGUUGCUUCAAGAGUCUACCUUGUCGGCUUGGACACGACAUUGGCCACUGCAAGUUGUGGCAAGGUGGAAGUGAUCGGAAAGCUCUGGUCGAUCCAAGCUGGUUCGCUACCUCGUUAGUCCAACGCUCUUGUUCACGCUAUGAUACA